UGCGGCUGCGCGGGCCGGGGCCCCUUUCAAUGCGGCCCAGCCGGUCCCGGCCCGCUCCAUUCGGGAACGCUCGUGCUGGGAUGCGGCGGGAUCCUCGUCCGAGCGCUGUGCUGAGCGCGACGCAGGGACCGGCCCCGGUGCUGCCCGAAUCCUGAGGCGCUCAGGCUUCUUCAUCAGACCUUUCUACGAGAUGAUGCUGGGGAAGCCCAUAACCCUGAAGGACAUGGAGUCAGUGGACAGCGAAUACUACAGCUCUCUGAAGUGGAUCCUGGAAAAUGACCCCACCGAGCUGGAUCUCAUGUUUUGCAUAGAUGAGGAGAACUUUGGGCAGGUGUUUCCCAGUCCAGCUCGCUGAGCCUCCGGCUCUGACAUUGGCACGUUCUUCAUUCCAGCUCUGGCUCUGAGAUGCUGCACUUGAUGGCUGCUCCAGUUCCUUCCAGCUCUGGGUCCCUGAGGUGGGUUCCCAUCUCUGCAGUCACCAUGCUGCCGAUUUCCCUGGAAUCUCCCGCUGGGUGUUGAAGAGCAGCAGCCGGGGGAUGUGUUGAAGCAUCCUCUUCAUGCAGCGUUCCAAGUGAGGGUUGCAGUCAGCCUGUCAGCUGCAGAGUGUGACAGGGGGAGCGUGUGUGAGUCUGUGUCUGCUGGGAGAGUCUGUGUCUGUCUGGAGAGUUUGUGUCUGUGUCUGUCUGCUCUUGUCUGCCUGUGCCAGUGUGUGUGCUGACUGCUUCUAACCUUGUGCAUAUGGUUUUUACCUUUUACCUUUGUCAACUCAUUUUUAAAUUUAGAAUAGAAAGUCCCCAGCCAGAGGGUUGGGUUUUUUUCCCCCCAGCUGAGUUUUUUCCUUAGUCCCAGCCAACAAGACUAUGUUCAUCCCAGAGGUUGGGCAUGGACAGUCCCAGUACCCAGGGUUUUGUCAGCAGGAGGGUUUUUGAGGCAUGGACAGUCCCAGUACCAGGUUUUUGUCAGCAGGAGUGUUUUUCAGGCUCCUAGGAGCACUGAUGGCCGUGGUGUAAUGGAGCAGUGGAGACAAGAGCCACGGUGAGUUUUGUGUGUGAGCUGAAAGAGUCGUGUGUGGUGCACAAGUGUUCUUCUUUCUGUGUGCUGCUUCUGUGUUGGGUUUCAUGUGUAAAUAAUAGCAACUGUAAUCAACACUUCAGAAACAGAAAAUGGUUCUAUUGCAUUAAUAUAUAUUUUUGGUUUG